AGAGAGAACCACAUUUUGGAAAUCCGUUUGUCGUUCUUCCUCGCUCGUCGCAUCAAAAUCUCCCAAGCUCCUUCUCCGAUCUUCCUUGUUUCCCCCGAAAAGGAGAAUGGCUACAGCUACGUAUCCGCCGCCGCCUCCGUAUUACAGACUCUACAAGGAUUACUCUGAAAACCCUAGUUCCGCUCCUGAACCUCCUCCACCAAUUGAAGGAACCUACGUUUGUUUCGGUGGCAAUUACACUACUGAGGAUGUUCUUCCAAGCUUAGAAGAGCAAGGAGUGCCACAGCUUUAUCCUAAAGAUUCUAAUGUUGAUUACAAGAAGGAACUCAGGUCUCUGAAUAGGGAACUACAGUUACAUAUACUGGAGCUUGCUGAUGUUCUCGUUGAGAGGCCUUCUCAAUAUGCUAAGAGGAUUGGUGACAUAUCUUCUAUCUUCAAGAAUUUGCAUCACCUUCUCAAUUCCCUGAGGCCUCACCAGGCGAGAGCAACGCUUAUUCACAUUAUGGAGCUUCAAAUUCAACAGCGGAAGCAAGCUGUGGAGGACAUUAAGAGGUUUGUAAUGUUUUUCUUAAACUUCUCUUUCUUAAUGGUAUCUAGAUCAAUCCGUAAACUGUAAAGGUUCUUUAAAAACUUGUUGGAAGUUCUUAUCUGUCCUUAUGGGUGCUUCCAGUGUGUUGGGAAGAUGAGAUAGUGAUAGUGUUGUUAUGGUUGUGUGAAGGAGGAGAGAAGAAGCACAGCGACUUCUAAAGGAGGCUUUUGUCACUUUAGAUGGAAAUUAGAGUUUCGGUCUACUAUGUAAAACCUCUUUUCUCUGUUUGACCCUCUAAGCUUUUUUUCUUUGUUAAUUGUUAACACUAAUCAAAGGUUAAACAGCACGUGAUUUAGUAGAUACAGUGUAUCAGGAUUGUAGUUACCAGAAUUAACUGGUAUUUGAUCUCAUUGGUUUCUCAUAUCGU